CCGAUCGACACCUGAAUUCCCUCCCCCACCGGAAGUGACGAUAAAUCAUGAUCAGAAAUUUGUCGCUCCUGUUUCUCAUCGCGUCUACGGCGAUUGCGGCCCCCUCGUCCCCGUCCCCCCUCCGCUGGUUAGGUUUUCACAAGAGCAAGAGCCCUUUUUCCUGGGAAAUGCCUUCAACGUGUGUGAAAGCAUACAAGCAAAGUUUGCUUGCGCCUGUGCAGAAAGCGGCGUGCAAAAGGAACUUGGCCCUCAUGCCCGUGCUGGUCUCCGCCUCCAGGAAAGUAUCGGAAGUCUGCCAGGAGACUUUCAAGAGGAAUAGGUGGAACUGUUCCUCUAUAGAUUUAGCCCCCAGAUUCGGCCAGGACAUCCUCAGAGGUACAAGUGAACAGGCGUUCGUGAGCAGCUUGGCAUCAGCGGGUUUGGCGAUUGCUGUGGGCCGGGCUUGUGCCGAGGGGCGCAUCAAGACGUGCAGCUGCGGUAAAGAAUCGAGGGAGCCGCCCCCAUCGGAUUUCAAAUGGGGCGGUUGUGCCGAUAACAUCGGAUACGGCGUGAAGGCGGCGAAAGCCUUCUCUUCGGAACCCUUCGACAGACGGAAAUUCCGGGCGAACGUCGACGUCAGAUUGCACAGACACAACAGCAGGGUAGGAUGGAGAGCCGUGCGUUCGUCUUGGCGCCUCCAGUGCAAGUGCCACGGAGUGUCUGGGUCCUGUGAAGCCAAAACGUGCUGGAAGGCUCUCCCAUCCCUCCUGGAUGUAGGUGCGAAGCUGAAACUGAAACAUCGGGACGCGGAGGAAGCGAAGCCAGUGCCAGUGGGCAGGAAGACAAAGCUUCUGCCCAGCACCGCUCGCUUCAAUAAAGAUGACCUCGUGUACACGGUCAAGUCUCCCGAUUACUGCGUUUUCGAUCCGAGCUCGGGAUCUGCUGGCACAAAAGGAAGACAGUGUAACAGUACUACCACGGAUUCUUUCGGAUGUGAAGCAAUGUGUUGCUCCCGAGGUUACUUGACAACAUGGACUGAAAGAGAAGAGAGAUGCGGUUGCAAAUUCCAGAGGUGUUGCUACGUGACUUGCAACACCUGCAAGAUCAGGACAAAUCUAAACUUGUGCUUGUGACUUGAAUGGCUUAGCAUAUGCGUGAUUGCAAACGAUAAGUCCACUCUAUUCUAGGGUGAACCACGAGAUAGCGCCAAGCACAGAUUCCGAGAUGAAUCAGAAGUUCAAAUGGAAUUCGAAAAUACUUCUCAAGUCAAGUUGGGAAGGAGUUCCAUUUCUGUUCUGAAAAUUUGAUUUUUGGAUGAUUGCUCUACCGACUCCAAGAUAUAAAAGAAUGGAACGAAAAAAAAAAAAAAAAAAAGUACAUCAAAGAAACGCUGUGAUAUUUUGUUUCUUUAAACCUCUGCUUUUGAAUUUUAUUAGCAAAACUGUGUAAGAUGAGAAUUCUGUUGAAUUAUUAACAUCAACAGUGUUUUCGCUGUGCAGUACAAACCUAAGAUUCUGAUGAAAGGUGUUCACUUAGUCAUUUAUUUAUUUUUUUAUAAUUCAUUAUUUAAAGUCAUGUUUCGACGCAAUUUUUAAGAAUGAGUUUUAUGUUUUACUGCAUAACAUCACUAAUGUAUUUUAUUUAUUGAUCACAUGAAUUCUGAACAGUAAGUUA